UGGUUUCAUCCCUUAUAUAUUUCUAGUAAAAAAAACAAAGAAAGUUAUCAGAGGGUGGAAAGUGAGGCGAAAUUAUUUGUAGACCUAAUCCAAGUACCAUAUCAUUUAUAAAGAUGACAAGUUAAAAGGGAACACAUAUCUAUAAAAAGAUGGCGACAAGGUCCCAGCAACAAUUUCUUGCAAGUCUCCGUAACUUAUAAGCAAUGCUAAACUUCCUUAAAAAGAGUAUAGUAAUUAAACGGUUCUCUUCUAAUUGGGUGAUUGUAGUUUAUAUUCAGCAUGGUCUUACUUCUUUAUUUGGAUUUAUUAUCUAAGGCAACUCGCCAUAUCAUUUUAAUACUUAGGAAUUAACCACUAGUCAUUCAAAGUCGUCUUCUUCUUCUCCACUCUUUUUUCUUGGCAAUAAUUCAUGGCUGUCGCCGUCUCGUUCUUCUUUCUUUUCCUGUAUUUCUCUCUUUUCUUCGAAAACGGCGAAGUCGAGGCUAAUCAGAGAGUUUUCUUGUGCCCACAAUCUCCAAAGGUGAAUUCUAUUGUGAGCAAGCAAUAUAGAACUGCCUACCACUUCCAACCUCCUAAGAACUGGAUUAAUGAUCCAAAUGGACCAAUGUACUACAAAGGAAUCUACCACCUCUUCUACCAAUACAACCCUAAUGGAUCCCUAUGGGGCAACAUAAUCUGGGCUCACUCAGUCUCGACCGACCUAAUCAACUGGAUCCGACUCGAACCAGCAUUGGAACGGACAACCCCCUCCGACAAUAACGGGUGCUGGUCCGGUUCAACUACCAUACUAGCACGCGAUCGUCCUGUCGUCCUCUACACUGGUAUUGACUCCAACAACCGCGAGGUCCAAAAUAUCGCAUAUCCCGUUAACCUAACCGACCCGUAUCUUAGGAAAUGGACCAAACCGACAUACAAUCCAUUAAUCCAACCGGUUGGUGACUUGAACUCAACUGAGUUUAGGGACCCAACAACUGGUUGGGUUGGGAAGGACGGUUUGUGGCGAAUAGCCGUAGGGGCCGAAUUGGGAGGAAAGGGCGCGGCAAUCCUUUACAAAAGUAUUGAUUUUGUUCAUUGGAUUAGGGCUAAAGAUCCAUUACACUCUUCUAGUGCCUCCGGCGUGUGGGAGUGCCCGGAUUUUUAUCUUGCGGUGGCGGAUGGAGACGGCGGUGAGACUAAAUAUGUGUUAAAGAUGAGUCUGAGGGAGACUUUGAUGGAUUAUUACAUGCUAGGAAAGUAUGAUAAGGAGAGGGAUAUUUUCGUGCCGAAUAAUGCGGCAAACGAUUAUCGGUUGUGGGGGAGGAUCGAUUUUGGGAAUUUUUAUGCGUCGAAGUCGUUCUUCGAUUCGCAGAAACACCGGAGGAUUUUGUUCGCGUGGUCGAACGAGUCCGAUAGCGCAUCCGACGAUGUUGCAAAGGGAUGGGCCGGCAUUCAUACAAUUCCAAGAACUGUUUGGUUGGACAGUAGUGGGAAGCAGCUUCUGCAGUGGCCUAUUGAAGAGGUUGAAUCUCUCAGAACAGAUGAAGUCCAUUUACAAGACAUAGAGCUUAACACAGGAGCUGUGUCUGAGGUUAGAGAACUUAAAAAGGCCUCACAAGCAGAUGUGGAAGCAGAGUUUGAGCUGCACAGCCUGGAGAGAGCUGAGCCAUUGGAUCCCAAUUGGCUUCUUGAUCCCCAGAAGCUCUGUGAGGAACAAAGUGCCUCUGCUCCUGGUGGAGUUGGGCCUUUCGGGCUUCUGCUUUUGGCUUCUGAUGACCUGGUGGAGCAUACUGCUGUAUAUUUCAGAGUUUACAGGUCUCAGAACAAUUACAUGGUUUUAAUGUGCUCAGAUCAAAGAAGGUCCUCUUUAAGGCCAGGACUGUACAAACCAACAUAUGGAGGUUUCUUAGAUGUAGUAGAUCUUCAGAAAGAAAGGAGGAUAUCUCUUAGAACUUUGAUUGAUCAUUCAGUGAUAGAGAGCUUUGGUGGAGGUGGGAGAGGGUGCAUCACAGCUAGGGUUUACCCUGAGGCCCUCUGUACAGGCAGCACUCACCUACAUGCAUUCAACAAUGGCUCUACUACUGUCAAGAUUUUGACACUGAAAGCAUGGAAUAUGAGAAAGGCCAAAAUUAAUGAAAACUAGUGUAGGUAUCUUUUCAAUCAAUGAAGAUAUAUAGUUAUUUAAA